GUGAAGGUGAUAUAGAUGAGGUCCUUAGAAAGAUGAUCAAGGGUAAGGAACAACAAAAAAAACUGAGGAUUCAUCAGAGAUUAAGUUGAUUAUGUUGACGAGUGUGAGGUCAAGGAUGAAGUUUACAUUCCAGGUCGGUCACGGCCACUUGAAGAUGAUGAGGAGUUAGUUAUUGGUAAGAGGGUAUACACAAUGUUCCUCGAUCUAGAAGUGAAGUCUUCCAGUCUUAACCUUUAUAUUCUAACCGACAACCUUGGUCCAAGCCUCUGUGUCAAGGUGAAUGGUGCCUCACACAGUGCUUGUAUCAUAGCUAGAAUCGAAGCAUCUAAAGGUAAUCAAAAUAAACUGGUCGUCAUGCCCCCGUGCAACAUGAUUCCAUUCGAAAGAAACAAUUUUACUGACAAAAGCAAGUUCUAUUCAGAGGAUGAAAGUGAUUCUGCAGAAGAGGAUUUAGAUGCAGAACCUGAAAUCGAAGCCGCAACAAUCUUACAUCAAGGUGCAGUCAACCGAGUUCGAGCCAAGCAGCAUAUGGGUCAAUAUCUAACCGCGUCAUGGUCAGAAAAUAGAUCGGUUUUCAUAUGGGAUCUAAUGAGACCACUUACAGCCAUAGAUGAUUCAGCUGUUAUGACAGAGUAUACUCACCACAAUGAAUCUCCGUUACCGAUAUGUGCAUUUAACGAUCAUGCUUCAGAAGGCUUUGCCGUGGACUGGAGUCAUCACACUAGUGCUACAGGAUAUCUAGCCACAGGAGAUUGUGGUGGCCAUAUUUUUCACUGGAUAUCUCGACCUACUGACUGGGCUGUAUCGAAGAAAGCGCAUGUAGGACACAAAAAUCAUGUUGAGGAUAUUCAGUGGUCGCCUACAGAACCAACCGUCUUUAUCUCUGUUUCUUCUGAUCAUAGUAUACAGGUAUGGGAUAUUCGUGCUCCAGUAUCAAACUGCCGUAUGAUUACUGUCUGUGAAGCUCAUCCAGCUGACAUAAAUGUUGCCUCAUGGAAUCAGUCACAGCGUACAAAUUUUUUGACAGGUGGAGAUGAUGGGACUUUGAGAAUAUGGGAUUUGCGACUAAUUCAAUAAUCGUU